GGCCAGAAGGAAGACUACCUUGACAAGGGCCUCGACGCUGCCGAGAAAAAGUACGGUGGUUCUAUGGGGCAGGACACACAGAAGAACCGCGCCGUCAACGAGAAGAUCACAGAUGGAGCCCGCAACAUGUUCGAAAAAGCCACCGGCAAGAACGUCCCCGAAAAGUUCUCCAACUAG